AUGACAAACAAUCGUGAAACUUCGCAAUCAACGCUACCAUGUUCAGACCAUCAGGCAACAAUAAUGUAUGUUUCGUAUUUCCGGGAUCGUUAUGAAAAUUCAACUAUCCAUUUUAUCAUGUUGUUGUGUGAUUUAAAGAGCCGAGAAAAGGUUAAAGGUUACGUUUUGCCAUAUAAUUCAGAUUAUCUACGAAAUUUUGGAAAAAGUGGAUAUCAAAUAGGUAAUAAUAAUAAUGAUUGCCUACGAUUUCCUCAAAUAUAUCUGCAAAAACAAGAAUAUGAAAGGACCGCUAGGCAUUAA